AUGGCUAUUCAAUUUAAAAAAAUUGAAAAUAUAGUUAAAAUGUUUUUUGCUAUUAAAGAAAUUAACGAACUUGAAUCCAAGACCUUUCUUCCUUUAGUAAAAUUAAUUGCUCCCUUUAUUGGCUGGAAAAAGCCCAAUCUCGAUAGUUUUAUGAUUUUUCAAAAAGAUUUUACUGCAUGGAAUCGAAAAAACAACGAUAUGGCCAGUAAGCUGUGGCAAUGUAAUUUCAUGUUAUGGAAAAACAUUAAGAAUUCAAAAAAUAUUUUGGUUCAUGAAGAGAAGAUGAUAAUUGCUUAUUCGAUUCCAGAUCAAUCCAUUGACAAAAUACACAUACCUUACUUAGCUCCUGAAGUUUUGCGUACUAAGCAAUAUACAUGUGAGGCAGAUAUAUAUUCAUUAGGUAUUGUUUUAUAUGAAAUAACAACGGGUUUAUAUCCAUACCAUAAUAUUCUGAAUGAUGUUAAUUUGGAGAUUAAAAUUUGUAAUGGUAUAAGACCGGAAUUUCCAAACACAACGCCAAAUUUGAUUUCACAAAUUAUUAGUCAUUGUUGGAAUGCGGAUCCCUCUCGGCGGCCAAAUAUUGAAGAAUUAAAGGAAUUAGUUCAGAUAUUAAAAAUAUGA